UACAUUAGCUGCGAUUCGAAAAGCGUUAGUGCCACGGAUAACUCUGUGGCUAGCACAUAUAGUGAAUUAUAAUAUUAGGUAAUAUAAUAUUGUUUAACUUAACGUUAAAAUGGCUCUAAAGUGUCAACUAUUUGUAUUUGUAUUUUUUCUAUUGAAUUCAUCACUAGCACUUAAAUUCACGACCGAAAUCAAAUCGCAUUAUGAUAACAAUUUUGAUAUUACGACUGUUUUCAAGCUAGACGAAAAUAACGAUACUCUUACGACAUGCUCGAGACCGGAUAAAUCACUUGGUAUUACUGCCAACCUUAGAGGCUGCUAUAACGGUGAAAUACAUCUGAGAAAAAAUGCAAUUGGCAUUCCAGUAAGCUUUAAUGGAAGAGUUCUUAGUCAAAAGGAAAAUACUCUAGAAUUUAUUGUAGAUUCGUAUUAUAAAAAAAAUUAUAUUACAAACAAUCCCGUUGAGUACAACCCGUCAUAUUGGAUGUUUGGCACAGAAUUUGAUACACACAUAGUACUACCAUUGACGAAGGGAACAAUCGUUACCGUUAAACGAUCAACGUUCACAGCCUAA